GUUCUUUAGCGUCUACGCACAGGACGAAUCCGAGCCAUAUUUUUCUAUUUGAUGAAUUUUGAGCAGAUUAUUGUACAUGAAUAGGUAUAGUUAUUUAAAAAUUACCAUUAUGUGCAUCUUAAAACAAUUUUAUUCGUAUUGGAAGACUAUUUUAUAAGAAUCCAAACGACAUUUGACAGCUUGCACAAGUCAAACACAUGAUCCACUUCAGUAGAACACAGUUAAACAAAUAGGGUCGCAAACGGCGCAAAUAUCAAAUUUUACGAAUGCUUGAAAGUGGCUUGAAAGAAAUCAAAUUAUUGUAAUGUGCUGCGUCUCUGAUCUUUUCAGCUUGUUUGAUAACUUUUGUAAAUGUAUUUUUGAUUUGAAGAUGCCGAUUGAAUGAUGCUUUUAACAAAUUUGAACUUUCGUCGAGUCUGAGUCACAGUUGCCAUGGAGACGCUGCUGCGCGGCGCGAGCGGUCUGCGCCUGGAUGACAGCGUGUCCACCGUCUCAGACCUGCUGGACACAGAGCCGUCUGCCGAGGCUCUGCCGGCGCUGCUGGAGGGGGCUGAGCGACUCUGCUGCGGCUUCUCGCAUAACAGUCUGGUGAUUCAGCGCGCCCUUCAAUACCUGUCGGCCGAGCAGCCGCUGGAGGCGCUGCACUACCUCGCGGAGAGCCACUCCACCACCCUGCGACAGUACAUGAUCAUGAAGAGCUCCUGCCGACUGGUACAGUCGCAGGUCAAGUCUGGCGAUCGGGUGUCAGGCUGGCCGGCCGGCACGCAGGAGGCGCUCCUCGACUCCCGGCGCCGGCAGCUGCAGUACAAAUCGGUCCCGGAACGACGACAGGAGAUGGUUGACCUCAUCAAUCUUGUGCCACCCGACUGGACGGUGAUCCAACUCACAGCGGUACCGCGGGCUCGCAGUCGGCUGACCCGUCACGACACACCCGAGCUGGUGGUGUCCCGGUUCCAGGGCGGAGACCCCGACUCGGUGCUGCUGACGCGCGUGCCGGCGCCCGCCUCCGACCACUGCUGCUCGUUCCUCUCGCAGUUUGAGGCGAUGUUAGCCGACAACGGUUCGAUUCAGCGCAGUCUCUCCAAUGACCGGCACAAGUACUGGGCAGAGCGCGGCCUGCUCGACGAGAGGAUGAAGUCGAUCGUCCGGAGUAUGGAGGUAGCCUGGCUGGGCCGACACGCCUACCUGUUGGCCGGCUGUCUGCUGCGUCCGCAGCACCGGCGCGCCGUCGCCGAGACGGUGGCCGCUCUGCCGGCCUCUCUGAGCGGCGAGCAGCGCGCGCGGCUGGCUCUGCUGGCGGCCCGUCUCCCGGAGACCGCUGGUGACCUGGCGGACGGCGUGGCGGCGGCGCUAGGCCCGUCGGCGCCUUCUGAGCUCCGGCGAACCGUCACUGAGACGCUGGCGGAGCGGCGCGAUGAUCUGGAGGACGCGUCGGCGGGGGCGCGCCGCGGUCAGGUGCUGCUCGUGCUGGACCGCGAGGUGCAGCGCUACCCGUGGGAGACGGUGGCCGGCCUGGCGCUGGGACCCGCCUGUCGCCUCCCGUCGCUGGCUAUCCUCGGUCUGUGUCUGACCAGCCGCAACCAGCGGCCCGCGCCCCUGCCGGCCGCCGCUGGCGCCACCUACAUCCUGAACCCGGCCGGCGACCUGGUGAACACGGAGCAGCGCAUGGGACCGUUCCUGGAGCAGCGCGGCUGGAACGGUAUCGUCGGACGGCCGCCCACGCUCAAAGAGUUCUCUGCGGCGCUCACCGAGGGACAGGUCAUGGCGUACUGCGGCCACGGCAGCGGCAGCCAGUACCUGCCGACGGAGAAGCUGCGCGCGCUGCACUGUAACGCCGUGGCGCUGCUGUUCGGCUGCAGCAGCGGUCAGCUGGUGCAGCCCGGGCCGACGGCCGACCCGCACGGCUCGGUGCUAGCCUACCUGAUGGCCAACUGCCCAGCGAUUCUGGGUAACCUGUGGCCGGUGACAGAUAACAUGCUGGACACGUACUCCAAGGCCGUCAUUGAACAGUGGACAGACGGGCCCAGUGGCCGCAGUCUGCCGGAGGCGGUGUCGGCAGCGCGCAGCUCAGUCACCUCCUGGUUCAUGGCGGCAGCGCCGGUCGUGUACGGCCUGCCCGUCACUGCCGACCACAUCCGACCUCGCCAGCCCGAGACCCCCUGUCCAGCCGCACAGAAAGCGGGCGACACCUCCCGGCUGGAUGCUGCUGGUGACCGGUCCAAACUGGACGCCAGUGUCAACAAGUCCAAGCUAAAUGCUACCAUGGAACGGUCGAAGGUGGGGCGGGGAGAGGACCGGCUCGGACUAGAUGCCACCGCUGACAGCUCGAAACUGAACGCUCUCACCGACCGAACCAACAUGACGGGAGUGCUGGACGGCUCGCGUGUCGGCCUGCUGGAGGCGCUGGACAGAGAUGAUAGGGCGACAGAGAAGUCGCGUGCCGACACGACGCGGGAUAGUGUUAGCACGGAGCCUCCCCUGGAUCGCACCCAGUCGGAGAAGGCGUCACAAAAGGAUCCUGCGGAGAGCAAGAAGACCGCGGCGCGGGGCCCGACGCGGAUACCCACCAAGGUGGGGUCUGGCACCGCUAGGAGCGCGGCCGGCACGGGGCGACCGCGCAGCGCCGGACGGGGUGGAAGGAGAGCGGCAGCGACGGCAGAGGUGGCUGGCGCUGCCGAGACCAAAACGACGGCCCGACCGCAGCGCGCCAGCCGCAGAAUAUGAAUCAGCUCGUAGGCAGGCUCUGUCGCCUCGACGCGGCGGGAUGAUGAAUGACAGUACUCUUGUGUGAACCUGCUCAUCGUGAUUUUUAAGUGACGCAUCCGCUGCGUUGCGCUCCGUGGUGUAUCCCCGUUUUAGCGCGAUGUAGUGACUGUUACAUUUCGACUAUGCAUCGCAGACGUUAGCCACCGAGUGCAGUUUUAAUUCAUGUUAUAGUAAACGGCACAUCGAGUAUAGUCGAGUGUAUUUGUAAUGGUGUUCAUAGCUUAGCCGUUUACGAUACACGAUUCACGAUGGCGCAAGCACCCCAAAGACUUACAGGCGCAAAGAUUCACAGUACGAUCCGUCGAUUCACGCGGUCCUUAUUCUAGCGGAUCCCGCACGCAGUGUUUACGGUUUGUGUCUGCUUGUAAUGCGUAUCGUAUACGCUCAGUUUGCAGUACUUAAGUCCUAAACGUUAGUAUCGGACGGGGCGAACCUGCUCGUGCCCCGCUCCGAUGACAUUUCACAGCGCGUCAAUAACUUAGGACCCUCCUGACUCCACUACCCUCACCCAGCGGAAGCCUGCCCUCAAAACCCCCUACCCAUCCACUUAUUAACCCUCAUCAUAGGUCUCCAGCACAUCCUUCAGAUGGUCAUUGUCCUUCGGCGCCUUGUUCUUCCGCUUUCCUCCGCGAGACUUGCGCUUGGGCGGCACCAGCUUCUUCAGGCCGUGGUCAUGCAUCGCCUGGAGACCCUGGCGCUCCAGGUACUCCUCGAUCUUCUCGUCAUCGACGCCGCGGACAGGCACGCUGCGCCACAGCUUGGCGAGCUCCUCGUCCACCUGGAAGCGGGCCGUGCGGUCGUUGUAGAAGAUGACCUUCUUCUUGUCCUGCGGCCGGACGAUGUAGGUGAUGUCGUUGGCUAUUUGCUGAAAAUGGAGAAGGGAAAAGAUCAGUCGCUGGCCGGGGAUACUUGUAUUAUACAUGGGUUUUUGUAGCGGUGUUACAACCCAUACGGCGGUGGAAUUGUUUCAGACCAAAUCGACGCACGUACAAAAUACAUAUAUCACGAUGAA